GGCCGUGGCUCACGGGCCGAGCCGCUCCACGGCACGUGGUAUUCUUCCCCGACCAGGACAUGAAGUAUCUCCUGCAUCAGCAGGCUGACUCUCAACCACUGCGCCACCAGCCCCCUGCAUCCAGGGAGUCUUGAGCUCACAUCUUUCAGGACAGUGCUUCUUCCAGAGCUGCCAGGGGAGUUGCCCAUGGCUCUUAGAAACCUGGCCCGAGGCUUAGAAAACAGUGACAGAGACCCCCUGAGAUCGGAGUAGAGCCAUGUGGGGCACCCAACGGCCCAGAGGGGGCACCAGCCAGGGCCUCAGACCGAUAUCUUCUUAGAAGACCACCGGGAGAGCAGCUGAAGGAGCAAGGGCACCUGCCAUCACCAAGAGCCCCUCGCUUCGGAUGGGGAGCUAAGGUCUGAGUGCAUCCCGGGUUGCUCAGUGGGUCAGUGGCCAAACGGGGCCAUGGAAACGGCAGUGAUUGGAAUGGUGGCCGUGCUAUUCGUGGUCACCGUGGCCAUCAGCUGCAUCCUCUGCUGUUUCAGCUGUGACUCAAGGACCCAGGAUUCUCAGGGGGGCCUACGCCCCAGCUUCACGGUGGCCACGUUUCGCCAGGAGGCUUCUCUCUCCACGGGGCCAGGUCACCAUGUCCAGCCAGUGGCGGGUGUCCGGGACUUCUGGACUUUCAUGUGAGACCUACCAGCCCCCAGGAUCUGCUCUGCUGGUGGUCAGACUCAUCUACCCCCCCAGCAAGCCUUCUCUGUUGACCCACUCCUUCAAGCCUGGCAUUCCGGUCCUUCCCUGCCUGUAUCCAGAAAACACCCUGUCCCAUCCCAUCCCAGCUUGCCGUGGCCUCCAGUCUGGGAGAUCCAUGGUGAUGGGACCAGCUGGGAGUCAGCUCUGACCCCUGAGAGCUCAGCUGGACCCAACCCACAGGAUGGGGCUUAGGAGAGGUCCGGAGCUUGAGUGACCGGGCAGAGUUGGAUGGUAUGGUGGGCCAGCUCUUCUGAGCUUCACGGUGAACUGAAAUAUCACUGGACUUUAUAGUGAACAGAGUGUUGGUUAACUCAAUUUAUCCCAGGAUGCCUAUGAAACUGGUUCUAUUGCCACCAGAGGAAGCAGCGCCCUCAGUGGACAGUUUUACAAACUUAUCUGUUCCUCUAAUUGAGUCAUUUUGCUACUUGCCUGUGCACAUCCUGCAGAGCCCACCCCUGAGAUUUGCCUCCUACCCGUUACCUGAAAUCAGCCCUGAAAUUCUGAAACCAAAGGGAUGCUUCCUGGGAACUGGCAAUGUAUUUUAUAAUUGAAAAUGCAUAUCCUUUUAUGGAUCUCCCAAGAAUCAGGGUUGGGGAAUCACAAAAGGAAACAGAAGAGAAAAAUAGAGUCACAGAAAGUACAAGAUGUUUUAUUAACAGGAAAGCCAGAAAGAAGACUUUGAAACAUAUUUUGAAUGAGACUUUAUUACUAUAUUCUUAUAGGUCACUUCUAUUCUUAGAGACUAAGUGACCUGUGUCACUCAGGAAUGAUAGAAAAAUGAUAGAACUCCAAAUGACAGAACUGAAAGUUAAUUUCGAAUAAGUUAAAAUGUUAUGUUAUAUUGACAGUAUGUAACAAAGCUCUUGUCUGCAUCACAAAUAAAUAGAUGUUCAGUUUUUAUUUAUAGAAAAUC